AUGGACUUACCUGUGUUCCAACUCCAGACCCCGGAGCCACAGUGCUUCCCCGAAUCCACACGGCACGAUUCGCCCCAUCAUCAUCUAGAUAGGACACCAGAUCCUUCUAUCAUAGCCGAUUUCUUCGGGUAUCCUCCCGCCUUUACGCAGCAAUUCGCUCCUGCUGCAGACGCGGCGUUUGAGCGUCAAGCUGGACGAGCAAUGCAUAUUCUGUCUUUGCCACCACCGAAUUCAUUUGCGCCUACGCCAUUCGGGCGACGUCAAGAGGCAGGGAGUAAUCAGAAACGGUUGCAUCCGCAGUUCAGUCCCGGUCGACCUGAACUCAAUAGCUAUCCAUCACCGCCCAUGUCAGAUUCUCACUCUCCCCACCGGCGAUCAGUCCAGCUUGUCGAACAGGAAGGACAUCACCAUCCAUAUCCCCCACCACUAGGAGAACCUCGCAGAUUGGAAGGCCUUCCGCCCCCGCCUCCUCCAUCUUUCGGUCACCAUCCCACGACAAGUAGCCAUGGUCUCCAGCAUCAGCGCCCAUUGUAUCCUGGGGAUGCCCACCAUGGACCUCAGCCCGUGCAAUUCCAGCCAGGACGUGCAAUUGAACCCCCUACCUACGGAAGUGGACAUAUGGCACAGAAUUACGGAUAUGGGUAUCCUCCUUCGAGUGUGCCUCCAUUCUAUGGCGCGCAAGGUCCGGGUCCCCAAGGUCAAUCAGCUGCUAUAAUCGCCCCGCCGCCAUUACGGGCAAGUAAGCCAGCAAGGAGAACGAAGGCACAUGUAGCUUCAGCUUGCGUCAAUUGUAAGAAGGCACAUUUGAGUUGUGAUGUUCAGCGGCCUUGUGGGCGAUGUGUCGCAUCCGGUAAACAGGAUACCUGCAAAGAUGUUCAGCACAAGAAGAGGGGAAGACCGCGAUUAAGGGAUGAUAAGGAUUUCGGCAGGGCCGAGGAAGGACGACCGCCACCGACUCAAUUGCUAGGCUCCUUGUCUAGUCCCGCACAGGAUACUUACGGACAACAGUCGCCAUUCCAAUCGCAACAUCGUACAACUGACCCUCUCCGGACAAUUCAGAGGACCGGAGGAAGUAGCGAAGAUCUCUCGACCGCACACUCGCAACAGUCUGUUGGUGGACACGCAUCGAACGUUGCCGCCUACAACGCAACUCCGUCUUCUCCAUACGCAUCCGGCCCAAAUGCAUCGUACCAGUCGCUGCCCGUUGCUUUCCUGAACCUUGACCUCGUUGUUCUCAAGUCGAACCAAGCGUUCCAGGAUCUAGUUUCGUUCCUUGGCGAUACCCGUGGAAAGAACCUCUCUGAUUUGUUAGAAGCUCGACAGUUAGAUGUCCUACACCGGAUGCGAAACGAACUGCGAGAGGAGCGGGAUGAACGAGAGCCGGCCUACAUGGCACCCAUCACACCGAUCGGACAGAACCCCCUCGACACCAUAGCGGAGCGUGACGUGGAUCAGGUUAGUCAGGGUUAUACCAAGAGGCCAUUCCUCUUGAAUUUCCGGCUCCCGAAUGGACAACAUCAGAGCCUUCAAACACAAAUUCGACUUGCAAAGACGUCAUUGUACUUUGUCACUCUUGUCGUGCACACGCCUCCACGUUCAACUGGACCGGCUCUGUUGACGCAACAGCUUGCUCCGACGACACCACUUCAUGCAUCGCAUUCACCCUCCGCUGCAGCUGUAACCCCACGAGGGGAGUAUGGUCCUCCUCCUAUUCGACCGGCCUCCUCGGCAAGCUCAGCACCAACGUCGCCGUAUUUCAGUUUGAACACCGUCCGAACCUCACUUCCAGCCAUUGGAUCAAGUGGAUACGGAAAUAGCCCCUCGUAUAACUAUUCUCCUACUGCGGGCCCCGAUCAGGGUUAUUUCCCAACAAUACAACCGCCGUCACAGCCUUCGGGGUAUCCAUCGCCAUACCCUCCUCCUAUUUCUCGAAGCGGUUCGUUGGCCUCGGUGCCAAUGCGGGAAUCGAAUCAAUCGUCACGCCUCGAAGGACUUCAACUUCCACCCAUCAGGACCACAUCAACGCAAGCCUUGCAGUCACCCAGACUUGCUGAGGCUUCCGACGCAUCGCGAGUCCGCCCUCGCGAUUCACCGAUCAGCGCCGAGCGACCCGAUACGCCCGAAACUGGGAAGCGGAGGAGGUUAAACUUACAGGAGGUUCUACAUUGAUUCAGGUAUAUGCCUUCGACAGUAGGGGUUUGCAUCUUUCA